AUGGCUGAUGAGUACAAGGCCCUGAUGGACAACGGCACCUGGCGACUAGUUCCACAUCCGCCUGGUGCCAACGUCGUAUCGGGCAAGUGGAUCUUGAAGCACAAGUACCACUCCGAUGGCACUCUCGCUCGCCACAAGGCACGCUGGGUCAUCCGCGGCUUCUCCCAGCAGCACGGCAUCGACUACGACGAGACGUUCAGCCCAGUUGUCAAACUGCCGACAAUUCGGGCUGUUCUGAGCAUCGCUGCUUCCCGCUCGUGGCCUAUUCGCCAGCUGAACGUGAAGAACGUGUUUCUUCACGGACAUCUUGAGGAGACUGUCUACUGCCAGCAGCCACCUGGCUUCGUCGAUCCUGCCGCCCCUGACCAUCUUGGGUUCACUCCGUCGGCCUCCGACGUCUCCCUCUUUGUGUACAAAGAGGGUGGAUGUCUUGCCUACCUGCUGCUGUACGUCGACGACAUCAUCCUCACCGCCUCCUCGCCGGCCCUCCUUCAGCGCAUCAUCGAUCGGCUCCACUCCGAGUUCGCCAUGACAGAUCUUGGGGAUCUCCAUCACUUCCUCAACAUCUCCGUCGAGCGCUCCUCCGAUGGGAUGUUCCUGUCCCAGCGACAGUACGCAGUCGAGCUUCUUCAGCGGGCUGGCAUGUCCGAGUGUCACUCUACGGCGACCCCUGUUGACACUCGGACCAAGCUCUCUGCGACCGAUGGUGCUCCCGUUGCUGAUCCUUCCGAGUACAGGAGCAUCGCCGGCGCCCUUCAGUACCUCACGCUGACUUGUCCUGACUUGGCGUAUGCAGUACAGCAGGUGUGCCUAUUCAUGCAUGAUCCUCGUGAGCCUCACCUAGCACUGCUCAAGAGGAUCCUUCGCUACGUGAAGGGCACACUCUCCUUCGGUCUUCACCUGGGCGUCGGCCCUGUCCAGUCCCUCACUGCAUACUCGGAUGCGGAUUGGGCUGGCUGCCCCGACUCUCGACGCUCCACCUCCGGCUUCUGCGUCUACCUCGGCGACAAUCUCAUCUCUUGGUCUUCCAAGAGACAGACCACCGUCUCCCGCUCCAGUGUGGAGGCGGAGUACCAAGCUGUGGCUCAUGUCGUCGCCAAGUGCUGCUGGUUGCGGCAGCUUCUUCAGGAGCUUCACGUCUCGAUUGCUUCGGCGACAAUUGUCUAUUGUGACAACGUCAGUGCUGUCUAUAUGGCAGCCAACCCAGUUCAUCAUUGCCGCACGAAGCAUAUUGAGAUUGACAUUCACUUCGUCCGCGAGAAGGUGGCUUUGGGACAAGUUCGGGUACUACAUGCCCCCUCCUCUCACCAGUUCGCGGACAUCAUGACCAAAGGCUUACCUGUAUAG